UCAUUUUUCUUAUCCGUCCAUUCUUGUGCUGUCUGGAAGAGAGAAAAAUGGCAAGAGCUGCUCUUACGUUGUCACUAAUUUUCGUCUCAGUUUUUUUCAUUCCGACCAAGAUUGAGUCGACUACAGUGGCAGCCACCAAUCCCGCCACGAAUUUCAUUAAAGCCUCGUGCAGAGCUACCACGUAUCCCGUUGUUUGUGUCCAAUCAUUAUCGGUAUAUGCUCCAACCAUUCAACGAAGCCCGCGUCAAUUGGUACAAACGGCCUUAUCCGUAAGCCUCGAACGGGCUCAAUCUACUCAGACAUUCGUAGUACGACUCACUAAAUUCCAAGGACUUAAACCUAAAGAGCGUGCCGCCAUCAAAGACUGCCUCGAGGAGAUGAGCGAUAAUGUCGACCGCCUAAGCAAGUCGAUCAAGGAGCUGAAGAGCAUGGGCCAGGCCCGUGGGAAGGAGUUCAUAUGGCACAUGAGUAACGUGGAGACAUGGGUUAGCGCUGCCCUAACUGAUGACAGCACUUGCAUUGAUGGGUUUUCCGGCGGGGCCUUAAAUGGUAGGAUUAAGUCCUCAAUUAGGGCCCGAAUGACCAAUCUAGCUCAGGUCACUAGCAAUGCACUAGCACUUUGCAAUCAUUUUGGUGAAAAAAAUUGAUGUGUAUUAUAUAAAAAUAGCAGAGUUUUUGGCAGCAUCCCUAAUUUAAACACUUCUUUGAUGAACUUUAUGCACUUCUUUAAUUAGCCAGUUUUCGUGCCAUGUAUGGAGAAUUAAGCACUAAUUUACCUUUGUCCGCACUUUUGCGAGCUUCAA